CUUAUCAGAGUAAUUGAGUGAAACGAUUGCAAACACUUAUCAAUAACACAGUUUUAUGUGAGCAUCUCAAGAUGUUAAAAUUUUUGUUCUCUGUUUUUUUAUUCUGUAUCUGUUUCGACAGCUACGUUCUAUCCAAACAAUACCGAAAUGACUACACUUACAACAAGAAAACGGAUUCUUUUUACAAGUUACAUACAGAAACUCUCACAUUCAGAAAAGCGAAAACCGUAUGUGAAUAUGAGGGAGCGGGAAUCUUGGUGCUAACUUCGGAAUACGACGUCAUCCAAGUCCAUGAAAUGUUUAAACAAUAUCCCGACCUUGACAAUUACGCCUGGGUAGCAGGUGAUGGUAAACAACACGAUUCCGCCGAGCUGAAACCCAUCAUUGACUUGGAAAACUUAUACGUAGUGGAAGCACAAGAAAAUAUAAAAGAUGACGAAUGUGAUGUCAUCCAAAGAGAUGGGAAGGUAGACGGCUGCAAUUGUUAUCGACAAUUGCCUUUUGUCUGUAAAGUUGAAGCCAGGAACGCUUUCUAUGAUCCUCACUGUAAGGUCUUUGGUAAAGAUUACCAAUAUUUUGAAACUGUGGGCAGUUGUUACAAAGUACCUAGGAUAUCUUAUUCCUGGAAUCAAGCGUAUGCUGAUUGCCAAUCGCAAGGAGCUCACUUGGCAGUGUUGAACUCUGAAGCUGAACACAGCGUUAUUCGUCACCAAAUUUUGAAUAAGAUUGAAAACUCUCUUGCAACUGUGUAUCACCCAAAAACCGAGUGGUUUUUUAUAGCUGGUAUAAGAGCGCAAAAAGCAACGGAUGGAUCUGCACUAGUUUUUAAGACUAUUUUUAAUCAGACAUUAGAAGAAGCUGGCUAUAACGAAUGGUCGCCCAACGAGCCAAACAAUUCAUUAGGCAAUGAGUACUGUGGGACCAUAUUUAAAAACGAUGGCAAAUACAACGAUGUCGACUGCUCCGACUAUUACGCGUUUAUUUGCGAAAAGGAAAUAGACAAUGUAUAGAUUA